AUGGAUUACGCGGAAGUGACAAGUCCAACAAUCAAGCUUGAUAGGCUUCUUUAUACACAUUACCAGCACCCCAAUCUUGAGGCUGCUUACAAUUUCUACACGGACUUUGGUCUUUACGUGGCUGAAAGGAGCGACAACGUCAUCUAUUUUCGUGGCUUCGGCGAGGAUCCCUACAUCUUCGUAGCUGAGAAAUCACCAGACAGCUCUAAGCACUUUGUUGGGAGCGGAUGGCUGCUUCAGUCACAGGCCGACUUUGAUGCCGCUUCAAGACUCCCCGGAGCCUCCACAAUUCAAAAGUCAACAGCCCCUGGGGGCGGUAACUUCGUCGAUGUGAAAGACCCUCUUGGGUUCAAUAUGAGGCUUCUACACGGCAUUGCUUUCCGGCAAAAGGAAGAGCAGCGACAAGAAAAGCCCAAACCAGUCAUUUUCAACUCAUGGGAGGACAAGCCAAGGAAAGGCGAGUUCCAGCGCUUCGAUGGUGGCCCAAGUAAGGUGUUCAAAUUAGGGCAUUUCGGCUUUGUCGUGGAUCAGUCGCAGUAUGAGAGUACCGUUGCAUGGUACCUCAACACAUUUGGCUUUGCACGGUCCGACACUUUGUAUGAUUCGCGGUCUGGAAAAGACAUUAUGGUCUUCAUGCACAUCGACAAAGGAGAGCAGUUUGUGGACCACCACAGCAUCUUUAUUCAAACCUCUCCUCACCCUUUGAAAACCGCCUACCCACACCAUUCAAGCUUUGAGGUUGAUAACAUUGACACGCAGCUGCUGGGGCACUACCAUCUUGAAGACAAGGGAUGGACCAACUGCUGGGGUAUAGGCAGACAUUUAUUGGGAAGCCAGAUCUUUGAUUAUUGGUUUGAUUCAUCUGGGAAUGUCGUCGAGCAUUAUUCUGACGGUGAUGUUGUCAACAACCGUACGCCGGCUCCGCGCCUGGCAGCUACCCCCAACAGCAUAGCAAUCUGGGGACCAAACGUUUCCCUUGCUUUCCUGACCGGUCGUAUUGAAGAUGCCAAAAAGGAGUUGCCCAAGUUGAGCACUGGAAAUGGAGUUGUCGCGGCUUGA